UGGUACCCAAGAGACACUUGAAGUGGCUUGUCUCUACAGAAUUCGCUGACUCGUCCCCUCUUACUCUUUCUGGCGCUGGAGGAAUAGUUGCGUCGGUGUGUCCAUGUGAUUGCGAGUGAUGAUGUCCCUGUGGGUGUGUAUAUUCCUCCCUGUGCUCUCUGCGGCCCAACGGUCAGAGCCCAUGUUCUCAGCGGUCACAGAGACCAUGCUUCCUCCGGACUAUGACAACAAUCCCACCCAGCUCAACUACGGAGUGGCUGUCACCGACGUAGACAACGAUGGAGAUCUUGAGAUGUUUGUAGCCGGGUACAAUGGUCCCAACCUGGUUCUGAAGUACGACAAGCAGAGGAAGAGACUGGUCAACAUUGCUGUUGACAACCGUAGCUCCCCUUUCUAUGCUCUGAGAGAUCGCCAAGGCAAUGCCAUCGGAGUGACAGCCUGCGACAUUGAUGGAGACGGAAGAGAGGAGAUCUAUGUGCUCAAUACCAACAACGCCUUCUCAGGUCGUGCCACCUACUCUGAUAAGCUCUUUAAGUUCCGUAAUGGCCGGUUUGAAGAUCUGUUAAACGACGAUAUUAACGAACACCGCGAUGUAGCCAACCGCUUGGCUGGACGAUCUGUAGCCUGCAUAGACCGAAAGGGUACAGGUCGUUAUGCCAUCUACAUAGCUAACUAUGCUAGUGGUAACGUGGCUCCCCAUGCCCUGAUAGAAAUGGAUGAAGCUGCCAGUGACCUCUCCCGAGGCAUCAUCGCCCUGUCCAACGUCGCAGAGCAGGCUGGAGUCAACAAGUUCACAGGUGGCCGUGGUGUGGUUGUAGGUCCCAUUGUUAGCCAGUACUUGUCUGACGUGUUUUGUGAUAACGAGUACGGACCUAACUUCCUGUUUGUAAACAAUGGAGAUGGAACCUUCACUGACGUGGCUCAGCAGGCAGGUGUGGAAGACCCUAUGCAGCACGGUAGGGGGGUGACUUUGGCUGACUUCAACAGAGACGGAAAGAUGGACAUUGUCUACGGAAACUGGAACGGGCCACAUCGACUCUACCUACAGCUGGGCAACAACCGCAAGCACAGGUUCAAGGACAUAGCGUCUCAGAAGUUCUCCAUGCCGUCUCCGGUGCGUACGGUCAUCGCUGCAGACUUCGACAACGACAACGAACUAGAGGUGUUCUUUAAUAACAUUGCUUACAGAGGGUCGUCAUCCAACAGACUGUUCAGGGUAACUAGGAGAGAACAUGGGGACCCCCAGAUUGAGGAGCUGAAUGUGGGGGAGGCAGCCGAGCCAGAAGGACGAGGAACAGGGGCGGCAGUGACAGACUUUGAUGGAGACGGUCGUCUGGACCUGCUGAUAUCUCAUGGAGAGAGUGCUGCACAGCCUCUCUCUAUCUACAGAGUCAACCAGGGCUCCACUAACUCGUGGCUGCGCGUUAUCCCUCGUACCCAGUACGGGGCGUAUGCCCGGGGGGCUAAGGUAGUGGUCUACACUAAGAGAAGUGGUCCACACACACGCAUCAUCGACGGGGGCUCCGGAUACCUCUGUGAGAUGGAGCCUGUAGCACACUUUGGGCUCGGUAAAGACAUAGCCACUAAUGUUGAGGUGUACUGGCCAGAUGGGAAGUCAAUAGCCAGGCCUCUGGAACCAAGUGAGAUCAACUCUGUCCUGGAGAUCCGGUAUCCCAGAGAGGAGGAGGAGGGCACACCUGAAAUAGAGAUAGAGUGUGGCCAAGGGUUUGCUAUGAAUGAGAAUGGCCGGUGCACAGAUAAGGAUGAGUGCACCCAGUUCCCCUCUGUGUGUCCCACUGACCGUCCUGUAUGCACUAACACCUAUGGCAGCCACAAGUGUCGUGCCAAUAAGAGGUGCAACCAGGGCUUUGAACCCAACGAUGAUGGAUCGGCCUGCGUGGCUCAGGUAGCUUACUUUGGGGGGACACGCUCUUCGGGGGUCCGAAGAUGGGCCGGCUUCUCUCUCUGGCUUCUUUCUCUCUCUCUGCUGCCUCUCCUCUCCUCCCGUCUGCAAACCGGACUACUGUAGCUGCUACACACUUCCUCUCCACUUCACUCUGGAACCUUCCCUCCUUCGCUCUCCUCCCUCUCUCUGGGGGAGUGUACAGUGACUCUCGAAAACAAACUGAACAUGAAAGUCUCUUCUCUAUCUUCAUUCCUCUGGAAAAUGAACUGCUCAUGGAAGCAUCUACCAUCUUUUCACUCGUCCUGAAACAAACGGAUCAUAGAACUCACUCCCUCUCUUCACUCUCAAAAUGAGCUCUCCAUGAACAUUUCUUAUUCUCUUCACUCCUCUCAUACAUAACAAAUCAUGGACUUCUCUUCCUCCUUUCUUCACUUGUUCAUGGACUUUUCAUGGACUUCUGUUUGUCAACACUUAGCUCCCAGCCCCCUCUGAACUGUAGAAUUACACACACACACACACACUGGGAGCAUGCUGCUGUGAGUUAAGGAGUUAACAACGAGCUGCAGAGUCCUUCACACCACCUCAUCAGCUGGACUAGCCUUGGACUUCAGUGUGUCUGCGUCUAUAUAUCGCACACUAUUCCCUCUAGAAUGCACCGGUACAUAUCUGGGUCAUGUUCAAAAGGACACACCAUAGAAAAAAGUUUCCAUAUAUUAAUACCUCUGCAUUUCACUCUGUUCCAAAACAUUUAUUUCG